GGCCCGGAGCAGGCCGGAGGCUUCCCCCAGCCCGGGAAUGGUCUGCCCUGUAGGAAACGCACACUCCACUAUUGUCUCAUCAGCACAAAGUUCUGCCACACUGCGGGGACAGUCUGGAGGCUCGCAGUGACUCAGACACAGCUGGUUCCUCCCCUACUAGCACCGAACCGCGAUCCCAGCGGCCGGUGGUCACCCCUAGUCAAGGUCUAAGGCUGCGGCAGCUCCGGCUCCCGGAGGCCGUGUCCGCGCGCACACGCACAUCCAUACGUGCAGACGUACUCGGGAUGCGGGUCCCGCCGGCGGGCACCUGGGCACUGCGCCCCGCCCUGACGGAGACGGGGACACCCUUUCGGGGGUCCCAGGCUCCUGGCCAUAUUGUUCUCCUUCUCCUCGUGAUAACUCCGCAGUGGAGGUGGAUUCCGUCCAAGACGCCCAACGUGGCUCCGCUCGGCAAUCGGCGCUGCAAUCCCGGCGGUUACCUCCGCGGCGGCGUCUCCCCCUGCGCCCCUCUCCCGCCGCCCUGGCAGCCUGCGGCCCUCCCCAACUUAGGGCGUUUACAAAAGAAACGACUCCGGACGCGCUGCAAAGGGAGGCGCCUGUGCCCGAACGCUGGCGAUCGGACGCGGGGCCAUUCUGCACGUGUGAUGUUUCUGGGUGUGUGUGUGUGUCCGUGUGUCGGGCUGGGGGGGAGGAGUCAGCCGCAAAGACAGGCGAGAACCUCUGCGAGGAAGGAUCCGCGAGUCCUAAAAUGAAAGCUCCGGGUGACUAAGGAUCUGCGCUGAUUCGGAGAGCAGGCGUGUUAAAGGUCACGGACAAUUGUUGCUGGCUUCAGCAUGAAUGUCGAAGUGGGAUGUAUUCUUUAACCAUCACAUUUGAGCCUGAGUCACCGAAAAGUAUUGACGUGCCCACCAUUCAUUUCGGUUCACUGUGAAAAUUCGCAGAGUAUCCCCAAAUUCAAUUAAUUACAUAGGUGUAAGUGGCUUGAUACACAUAUUAUUAUGUCUGUGUAGGUAACAACAAAGGUUAAAAUUUGAAGGCUUGAUACUUUAAUAGCUCUUUGGUAGGAUUUUGGAAUGGAUGUGAGUCCGUGCUAUAAACCUACAUUCAUCGGCAUUCUUGGGUCUAUUUAAAAGUACAAUCUCACACUAAUUAUUUCCAUGUGUUGAAAAUGGACAAGGUAGAUCAUUGAAUAGUGAGCAAGACUUCCAAACCUCUCACAUAAAACUGUAAAAUGUUCAUGACUUGCCUCUUUUCUCUAGCCGGCUUAGGGCCCUGUCUGAAGUCCCACGUGUGAUUUCACUCAGGGCAUUGUCUGUCUACAAUAAUAUUGUGCUUUUAAACGAUUUCCUUUCUUACACAUUUCUCUACAAUGCAUGCGAAAUCUGAGAAUGUAAUUUGAUGGGUGGGCAGGAGUUAAGUCCUGGUGUCUGGUGUGGCAGGCCUAGAAAAUGGCAGCUGGAGGGCCAGCUUCAUUUCGUUACUGACGAUCGAAACGUGUUCACGUUGAUUGCACACUAGUCACUGGCAAUUGUCCAUGUGUCAAUGUGCUAUUCCAAGCUCCCUCCACACACAAAAAAAAGCAUAACAAUCAAAUGUUUAAUACAAGUUUCCAUACUGUUCCUGUAAGCGCAUUUAGCAUUGCCAACAUUUCAACUGUUUUAAUAGCUUCAAACACUUAAAGCAACCAUGAGGGAUUAAGGACACUGGUUGUAUACAUAAUAUAAACCCCUGGAAUGGCCCAGGAGAGCUUCUCCUAUUUUGAAAUGUUUGAGUAAAUUAUAAUAUUUGGAUGGAGCAAAGUCAGUAGUAUGAAUGGUUGAAUGUUAAUGGUUGAUUUGGGCUACUUGUUUUCUUGUAGUGAUGUGUGAUAUUUUACACAAGUAUGGGGUACGUGUAUUUGUUACUUACAAACAUAGAGUGUGUAAUCAGGGUACUCAUCCCCUGGGGUAUUUAUUGUUUCUAUGCCUUGGGAACAUUUCAAGUCCUCUCUUGUAGCUACUUUGAAAUACAUAAUACACUGUUAUUAACUGUAGUCGUUCUAAUCUGCUAUCAGAUAUUAGAACUUAUUCCUUCUAACUGGGUGUUCAUACCCAUUCAGUAACAUCUCCUCAUUUCCCCCUCCCACCCUCUGUUUAUAACUUUAUAACAAGCAAUAAUUUGGUUAAUGAAAUAAAUGAGGGAAAAACAUUUUCCCUUGCUAUUAUGUAAUGAAUUAUUUGUUCAGCCUUUGGGACUCCACUCCUUUCAAUGUUUGAUGAAAUGGUGUUCAAUGGUUAUGGAGUGACUGAGGACAUUUAGACUAGAAAGGUUCUUGAGGACUUCCAUUAAAAAAAAAUAGUUCGGAGUAAAAACCAGAAAGAACCCCCGCCGCCCCCCCUCCCCCGCCAAAAAAUAGGCCUUGAGUGCCUGAAAGCUGGAAGUGAAACUCUCUAUACUAUAGCAUAAAAUCUAAGACAAACUAAAAAAUAAGUAUUAAAUAUUCAUGCUCAAAAAGGUACAUGCUUUGAUUGGACAGUUGGGUGUGCCACUCAGUAAAUAAUAUUAAUCCUAUUUGUGUAAAUGUAUUAGGAUUUUCUAAAUUAUAUCUGAGAAAGAAGAAUUAUAUUAUGCAACUAAGUUAAGGAGUAAUCUUUUGUUUUCUGAACCAACUUAAAUUUAGAGAUUUCAGAGUAGAUUAGGGAUAAAUUGGCUUUAAAUUAUCAACGUGUUCCUACGUAAAGACUGCUUUAGGAGCAGUGCAGCUGUUCGCUGCCUGUGUCCUGCUUCGAAUAGGUAACUAUUUUGUGUAUAAAUGGAAAUUGGCUACUGAAUCACUGAUGGUUUCAAAAAUAUUACACUAAUCCUAAUAUG